AACCGCAGGCGCCGGUGUCUCCGAGUACGGAUGAUCAUCUCCGAGCGGUCGUGAAAAGCUACUUCAGUACUUCAAAGGAGCCCACAACGAACACAGAGGAGGUGAACGAAGGUUUGGAGAAAGAUGUAGAUGCUGCCUUGGGACAAAUGGAGACGACCCUACGAAAAUCUGCUUUAUAUGAUAAGGAUAUGGAAUGGGACGACAUUCUCAAGGGCAUUGAUGCUACCAAAGCGGAAGCCGACGAUAUCAUCGCCACGUUGGAGUCUGAUCGCAGCACCAUCGGCCAGACCAUCGAAGAGUGGUUGGCCAGUCCCUGUCCCCGCACUCAGGAGAAGGGUCUCAUGCUGUGUGUGCGUGCUCUGUUAGAACGAGAAAGCACUUCGUCACCGAGCUUCCUCCAGAAGAUUUAUGAUUCCCGCUUGGCUGAACGUAUAGUCCUCUUGGGCCUUGAUUGCGCCGAAUAUCGUUGGCUGGCCGGUUUUCUCCUGCGUACUGAGGAUGAGCAUCCUGUCAAAAGGGCUGCUGCUGCUGCCACCGGGGGUUUAUCCCAAAAAGAUCUGCAAGCUUUGAGAACCGCGCUAGCGGAGAUGGAAGGAGCCCCUGCCAUGGUCCACUUCGGCGACCCAAAACGUGUUGGCUCAUUGCGUCGUGCAGUGUCCACCAGAGAAGGCGUGAAAGCCCUUGCUCGGGGUAAAUGCUCUGUGGGGCUCGCCCUUCUGUGUAUUGAGCAACGCAAUCGCAGUAUGGUUGCCCAAUGGGGCCUCAGUGUGCUCAUGAAGGGUAUGGAUGCAUCGGAGGCUGAGGGCUUCGGGGACACCGCCGUAUUGUGUCGACAAGCUACCUGUCAGAUAGGAGCCUCCGUCGACCCUC